GCAAGAUCUGAUUAUUACAUAUGAAGCCCAAAUUAUAUUUCUCACAAAAGGGCACCGACAGUAAAAAUGAUUCAGAAGAACUACUGGAUUCCCGCAAAGGCUUUUCGACCAGAAAGUGAGCUAGCCGAGAAAAAUAUCUGGCAUAAAGGAUUUAAGCCGACUUACGAGCAGGAGGAGCCCCAAAUGGGUUUGAUUUUAUCCUGGCAUUACGGAAGACAGUGGCUGGAAGAGCGUAGUGCCCAUGGAAAAGAGACUAGGAAAAAGAUCAAGACAGAAGCCAAAUUCAUUCCACCCGACUACAGCCGUUGGCUGGAGAAACGCCGAUUAAAUAAGACAAGACUACAGCUGCUGAAAUCCUGAUUUAGUUAAUUCCUGUUUAUUGAUUCAAGAAUUUUUAAUCUUAAUGUUUCAAGAAUUUUUUAUGCUCCACCUAGAAAAUCUAA